AUGGAGGGAGAGUACUUCCCCCUCCCGUCCGGCAGCCAAGCCAGGCUUAAAAACCUUCGCCACCGGGCGGCGGAAUUACAAAGGAGGCCGUCCGCCUCCUUUGUCCUGGAUUUGGGAGUUGAGCGCCUUCGUCGCCAUUGGCUUUCCUCCCCCAGCUCCAGCCUCUCUCAUCUUGGGAAUCUGCGUCAGAAGUCACUCGCAGUCCCGCCAGCCCAGAAAUUGGAUGAAGACUUGCAUCAAAAAAUUGCCCGGGAGAUGAACCUCUCUGAAACUGCUUUUAUCCAAAAACUGAACCCAACAGACAACUUCACACAAAGUUCCUGCUUUGGACUAAGGUGGUUCACACCAGCGAGUGAGGUCCCGCUCUGUGGUCAUGCCACCCUGGCAUCUUCGGCUGUGCUGUUUUACAAAAUAAAAAACACAAAUAACACACUAACCUUUGUCACUCUGAGUGGGGAACUAAAGGCCAGAAGAGCAGAGGAUGGUAUCAUCCUGGAUUUUCCUCUUUAUCCGACCUACCCACAGGACUUCCAUGAAGUAGAGGACCUGAUAAAGAUGGCCAUAGGCAACACACUGGUCCAGGAUAUCCGCUAUUCUCCAGAUACCCGGAAACUCCUUGUCCGGCUCAGUGAUUCUUAUGACAGGUCAUUUCUGGAGACUCUGAAAGUGAAUACGGAGAACCUGCUGCAAGUUGAAAACACAGGGAAGGUGCGAGGACUCAUUCUUACCCUAAAAGGAGAGGCUGGCGGGCAGACCCAAGCAUUUGAUUUUUACUCCAGAUAUUUUGCACCAUGGGUUGGUGUGGCUGAAGAUCCUGUAACAGGGUCUGCACACACUGUUCUCGGCAGCUACUGGUCCCAGCAGCUGGGGAAGCAAGAAAUGCGUGCAUUUCAGUGUUCCCCUCGAGGAGGAGAACUGUUCAUUUCACUACGACCUGAAGGAAGAAUUGACAUUAAGGGUGGUGCUGCCCUUGUCCUGGAGGGCACGCUGACAGCCUAGAUACUUGUGCUGUGAUGCUGCUAUCUAUAACAACAAACCAUUGUUUCCAUGUAAGGACAUAGAACGGCUGCCUUUAGCAAAUUAGCAUGGUAGUCCACUUAAUUAAUCCUCAUGUUAGGAAGAUAAGACAUGUUGAUGGAGAUUUAGUAAUGCUUCCAGACUAAUUUUUAUUAAACUUAUGGAGUUUGAACUAAGUGUAUUUGAAAUGUAAAUAAUGAGUAGCAAAAAAUAAUGUCACUUAUUUUGAUUAUAUCUACACAUCAAAGAAUGAGAAAUACAUUUAGUAGAAGUGAAAUUAAACCAAUUUAAACUUAAACUUAAACUUAAAUUUAAACUUAGGUGUGAGUACCUUUUGCAGCCAUUUUAAAGGCUCAAUAAUUAUGUGGAGUUAGAAAACUAUUUCAUGGUAGAACACUAAGAAAAAGUACAGUAGGCUCUAAAAUGUUUGCAAUGUUAUGCUGUGAAUAUGGAGAAUAUGAAUUUAUGUGGACAAGCAUGGGUUGUGAAGACAGCAAAGUGAAAAAUAGCUCAUGUGUUGGGAUAAGAAUGGAAGUAACUCUAAUGUAUAUAAAAAUCGUUUCCUUCAUUGCUGCCCUCAAGUACAAUAAUUAAAAAUUAGGACAUAACCAAAAAUUAAAACAAAAAAAUGUAUAUUCGGCUACUUCCUGUCAUUGUAAAAUUACACAUUAAAAGUAAUGAAAUCUUUUAA